UAGUAUUUUAUGAGACGUCAUACCCCAGACCCAGCACCAGGUGACGCUAUAGUCUCAUUGUCUCGGUGUUUUGAGUGUGGGGCCUUUUUUUUUUUUUUUGUUUCGUUAUGCCAACAUAUCACAUACGUUUCUCGGGCUUCCAUCAAUAACCUCCUGGGGUCAUCAAGCCAAAUUUAUGACUGGCCAACACCGUCACGUGAUUCUAUUUAAACAUCCCAUAUUUGGGCAGCGCACAUAGAAUAAAGAAAAGAAGAAUCUCCACCUAUAAAUUCUGCACUUUAGAGAACAAAAAACCCUGAACUUCAAAAGGGCCACAAAUCAAGCCUAAUCAAAGGGGUGUGAGAGGGAGAGAGAGAGGGAGAGAGAGCGAGAGUGGGGAGGAAAAAAAAAUAUAAUUCCUGACAUGAGUUCCUACGUAGCCAAUUCGUUCUAUAAGCAAAAUCAAAAUGUUCCUGCGUAUUCCAUGCAAAGUUAUGGGAAUUAUGGAUCUGUGUCUGAGGUUCAGCCUUCCAGGUAUUGCUACAGUGGGCUGGAUCUGAGCAUUACAUUCCCUUCAUCUGGGGCUUCCAACUCUCUGAACGGUGUGGACAUGUCUUCAACCCCCAGACCUAACCCCGACCGACCUUCCUGUACAGUCAUGGGAUCCGCAGGGCACACUUUAGGCAGAGACGACCAGACCUCUCUAAACCCAGGAAUUUACAGUCAGAAAGCUUGUGGCACCACCACAGCCACCAGCAGCAGCAACAACAGUACGCCGUUGGAAGAUAGAUCUAAGAGCAGUGGGGAAAUCAAGAGUGAACCGGUGCAAACAGCUCAGCAAAGCGGGCAGUCCAUGCACCAACAGCAGCACCACCAGCAACAGCAGCAGCAGCAGCAGCAGCAGCCACCACAAAUUUAUCCGUGGAUGACCAAACUACACAUGAGCCACGAAGCAGAUGGCAAACGUUCCAGAACCAGCUACACUCGCUACCAAACUCUGGAACUAGAGAAAGAAUUUCAUUUUAACAGAUAUCUCACCCGCCGGAGGCGCAUAGAGAUCGCCAACAACCUAUGUUUGAAUGAAAGGCAAAUCAAAAUAUGGUUUCAAAACCGGAGGAUGAAAUGGAAAAAAGAUUCCAAAUUGAAAAGCAAAGAGUCUCUCUAGGCUUAACUUGUCAUAUGAUUUGAUUUUACGCAAAUAUCAGUCAAAUCAUGUAACGGAGAUCAAAGCACUGGGGUUUGCCCUAUUCCAUUUGUGUUUGAUCCAAGAGGAGCCUUCCUUAUUGUCUUGUGUUUGCAAAUAAUGUGUGCCUUCCCAGGAGUAUCAGCAGCAGGAAAAGCAACAACAACAACAACAAAUAUUGGAACAUUCUCUGAGCAUUUAAAUGUAUAUAUGUCAUCUUGAUGUUUGAAAAUAAUAAGCUACCCUGUGUAAA